AUGGCCAACAAGCCUCCACGUAACGGCGUGCAAGCAACCUCUCCGAAGUAUUUGUCUGAGAUAGAUAAUUACGUUGAAAGUUUGCAAGACACACUUUGGCCGCUGAAUAAAUUCAUACAUGAUCAUCCUGAGCUCGCGUUCAAUGAACACAAAGCACACGAUGCUCUCACUAAUUUCAUGCGACUACAAAAAGGAUGGGUAGUUACUCCCCAUGCCUUUGGAAUAGAAACGGCAUGGGCAGCAAUCUUCAAUACUGGCAGGGAUGGUCCGGCCAUCUCAUUCAAUGUCGAGAUGGAUGCUCUCCCAGGUAUCGGCCAUGCGUGCGGCCAUAACCUCAUUGCAACUGCUUCUGUGGCAGCCGCACUCGCAACAGCACACAUCCUAUCCACGCAGAACCUCCCCGGCUCAAUCCACCUCAUCGGCACGCCCGGCGAAGAGAAUCCCUCGCCCAAAGGCGGGAAAGUUCUCCUCCUCGAAGCAGGGGCCUACGACCACCUAGACAUCACCCUGAUCUCCCACCCUUGUCUUCCCAAUAACAGCGCCCUCGUCCGCACCACCGCCUUCGCGCGCCUCGAAGUCUCCUACUUCGGAAAAGCAUCCCAUGCCGCAAAUAGCCCCUGGCUCGGUAUCAAUGCCCUCGAUGCCCUUAUCAUCGCGUACAACGCCGUGGGCUUGCUCCGCCAGCAACUACGCCCUGACGACAUCGUGGGAAUGCAUAUUACCAACGGCGGCGCAGCGCCAAACAUCAUCCACGCAUACGCCGCCGGUGCCCUCGUUCUCCGCGCCCCGUCCUCAGCCCGCCUCCUCGUCCUCCAGCAGAAAAUAGAAGCCUGUCUACGCGCCGGCGCAGAAGCUACCGGCGCCCGCGUGGAGGUCAAAGUAACGCCCGGCUACGCAGACCACAUCCCCAACCGCGUCCUUGCUGCCUCGUACACGCAGUAUUUCAACGCGCUACCUAAUAUCCCCGACCCGCCUAUCCCCUCUUUAGACACAUACACGUACGUGAAGGCAUCUACAGACCAAGGCAACUUGAGCUACGUCCUCCCGAGCAUCAAUGCGAGUUUCUCCAUUCCUCCGGGCCCAGAAGGCGGAGCGAAUCACUCGAGAGACUUCGAGGUUGCGAGCGGGACGAGGGAGGCGUUUGGGAGAGCGGUGAGGGUUGGGAAAGCGUUGGCGGGGACGGCGGUGGAGGUUUGUUGUGUGGAGGGAAUGUUGAGGAGGGUAAGGGAUGAGUGGAAGAGGGAUGUGGAAAGGGCGGGGGAUGGGGUGAGUGGAGGGAUGGGGUGGUAG